AUGGGACGGGCUGACAAUCCUCCCAGAAACGUCAUCGGAGCAACCACUGAGUCCACAUCGAAGCAGGACCAGUGGUUCUCAUGGUACAGGUGUGGGCUACCUGAAGAGGAGGAGGACCCUGAGAUCGAUGUCGUCGGCCUUGAGGACUCCUCCACAAAACGACACAGGGAAGAGAGCGACGACGAGGAGGAGGCUGCUGCGAAGAGGCCGAGGAUUACAGGAACAACAGGGGACUCUGCACCGCCGGAGCUUCCGAAGAGACGGCCCCCACCCUACAGUCUCCAUUCCCCCCGUUCCCGGCAGCCGCCGGACAUCAACGGUGAGAGGGCAUCAUGCACCAUGGCAGAGACGGAUGCGGGCAGAAUGGAAAAGUACAAGUCUAUGAUCUCCACAGUGGGGAAAAAAGUAGGAAUCGGUCCAGGUCUCAUUGCUGCCAUCAUCUCCAGAGAGUCCAGGGCUGGAAAUGCAUUAAAAGGAGGCUGGGGAGACUAUGACACAGGCAGAGGAGCGUAUAAUGCCUGGGGACUGAUGCAGGUUGAUGUCAAUCCAAAAGGAGGCGGACACACAGCACGUGGUGGUUGGGACAGUGAGGAACACCUCUGCCAAGGCACUGAGAUCUUGGUUGGUUUUAUCAAACGCAUCUGCGACAAAUUUCCCAGCUGGAGUGUGGAGUGGCAGCUGAAAGGAGGGAUAGCGGCCUACAAUAUGGGGGACGGAAACGUCCAUUCCUAUGGCAAAGUGAAUGAAAACGCAACAGGAAGAGACUACGCCAAGAUGGUUGCCAGAGCGCAGUGGUACAUUAAAAUUAAAAACUAUUACUGAAGCUGUCCACAACAGAAAUCUCCAAAAGAAAUCUCCUGCAAAUCAUGAGGAAACACUAAAUGAACAUUAUUUGAAACCAAACCACAAACGAUAUCUCCAUUUAUUGCGCUCAGUGUGAACUUUGCA